UCAGUUUUCACUCCACAUCAGUUCAGCAUAAGGACAAGGGCAUAUCAUUUCAGCGUUUGAAACUACGAAAGUGUCUCAGUCUAUCGUUUUAAGGAUAAAAAUGGCAGAUCCCAAAUACCGCUUAGCAAUGGAGGAGAUGCAUCUUGAUGGACAUUCAAACAGUGCUGACGACCAAGUAAUACGCAACGGAAAACCGGUGCAAAGAAACGGCUGUGCCACUCCAGUACUCGUGUUUCUGGUAGUUCUGCUUUCCCUGGCCUGCAUCAGCCUAGUCGUAUUUUUGGCAAUGGGAAAACUGCAAAGGAACGAUGAAAUUCGAAGAUCGUUUUGUGGAACCGUCCUGAACGCAUCAAAUGCGAGUGAAAAUGUUACGCCACAAUGCACAAGUGUCCAAUGCAUACUCGCCUCUGCCAAUGUUCUGCGAACAGUUGACCAGAGUGUAGAUCCGUGCGAAGAUUUUUUCCUACACGCAUGUGGUGGUUGGAUUAAGAACAACCCUAUUCCACCAAAUGAACCACUCUGGAAUCAAGUGCUUGCUCUCAAGAAAAGAAAUGAUCAACUUCUGAAGACGCUUCUCAGUGAUGAAACAGUCAGAAAAAGAUAUAGCGAGAAUGAUGCUGUUCACAAAGCUUUCCAAUACUAUGAUUCCUGCACCAACCACGACGCCAUAGAACACGCGAAAGGUUUACCUCUUCAUGAGUUAAUUGCGAGGUAUGGUUCAUGGAAUAUCACCAACAAAACUUGGACUUCCGACUCAUGGAAUUUUGCCGGGACUUUGGUUCGUAUGCACAAAGAGCUCAACCUCUCGCCAUUAUUUACGCUUCAAGUAAAACCAGACCUGAUGAAAUCCUCGCGCUACAUCAUAAUGAUAGAUCAAACGACUCAUACUAUUACAAGAGAUGCAUACCUCGCUAAUACUUCUUACCAUUACCAAGUACGGGAGGCCUACCAGAAGCUGAUGUCUGAGUUGAUCAACCUGUUAGGUGGGGAGAGCGAGUGGGCGGAACACCAGCUUAAAGAAGUGUUUGAAUUUGAACAGAACCUCAGUAAGCUAUCUGCAACUGCUAACGAGAGAGCUGACAGAAGUAAGGUAUACAAGUUAAUGACUUUGAAAAAACUUCAAAACCAAACAGGAGAACAGAUUGACUGGCUUUUUUACAUAAAGGCAAUGUUUCAACAUACCAGCUACGAAAUAGAGCAAGACGAAGAGCUCGCCAUUUUUGCCUUGGACUACUUGACAAACAUGUCAAGUUUGAUAACUAACACACCGAGAAGGAUUCUUGCAAACUACAUGAUGUGGCAGGCAGUUGUUCAACUUGCUCCUCACCUUAGUGAAGAGUACAGGAGGGCUUUCUACAACUAUCACAGGGUGGUUAUGGGAAGCACGGGCGAGACAGACAUCUGGAAAAAGUGUAUCACAGAAAUGAGUCGCCUGGACAAUCACAUUGGAGAUCCACUGGGUGUUAUUUUCCUAGAUGAGAAGUUUGAAAAAAAAGACAAAGAGUCGGUAAUGGCCAUGAUCAGUGAUUUGAAGGAAACUUUCAUUGCUAACCUCGAUAAACUUGGCUGGAUGGACAAUAAAACAAGAGCCUACGCCAAAGAAAAGGCUUCUGCAAUCAGACAGAACAUUGGGUACCCAGAAUAUAUGAAAGAUAAACGAAAACUAUCAGAGAGAUUCAAGGACCUGACAAUGAAAAAUUCCUCUUACUUCAAGAACGUGAUUAGCAUCCGAGCUUUUUCUGUGAAGACAAUGUUAAAAGAUCUUCGUAACUCUGUGGACAAAGAAAGGUGGAUGAUUCACCCACAUACGGUCAAUGCCUUUUAUGAUAGAGUGACCAACAAAAUCAUUUUUCCUGCUGGAAUACUUCAAAUUCCAUUUUACUACAGAAAAUUUCCUCGUGCAAUAACCUACGGUGGAAUAGGAAUUGUAAUUGCUCAUGAAAUAACGCAUGGAUUUGAUAGCAAUGGUCGAAAAUACAACAAAAAUGGUGAUCUUGUUAACUGGUGGUCUGAGUCAUCCAACGAAGCUUUUGAAAAAAAAGCUCAGUGUUUCAUAAAGCAAUAUUCAAACUUUGAAGCCUAUGCGAAAAAGCUUAAUGGUAUCCAGACCCUUGGGGAAAAUAUUGCAGACAACGGAGCUAUCAAGCAAGCGUAUUUGGCGUAUAAAAAAUGGAUUAAGAAGAAUGGCAAAGAACCUCAACUUCCUGCACUGAAUUAUACAAAUGAACAGCUUUUCUUCAUAAGCGCUGCUCAGGUGGAUUGUGGAUCUAUUCUUCGGCCAGUUGCUUUGAAGAAAAUUGAGCAGGCAACGCACACUCUGGAUCACUGGAGGGUUGUUGGAGAAAUGUCAAACUCAAAGGAUUUCGCUGCAGCAUUUAAUUGCCCAGCUGAAUCUCGAAUGAAUCCUGAAAGAAAAUGCUCCAUCUGGUGAAUCCCAGUACUAACAGCUUUAUCACGAGGCUCCGGUUUGAUAGUUCCCACCAUCAAGAAAGUCGUUAAAAGAGAGGGAUCUUUGAUCUUCAAUUCAAUUUCAUUGGUCGUUAAUUGAGUUCUCGUCGCUCAGGUGUAAUAAUAUAGAAUAUUACUGGAAAUUCAUUGCACUUCGUGUCUUUCGCUUUGAAAUAUUUUUUUCCUUUUACUCAAAUAGCGUUAUAAAGGAAUUAUCUUAUGUUUACAUUCCAUGCUGAAAUAGUAACCAUGCCAUUACUAUUGAUUAAAUCUCAAGUAUGCCGAUGAGAAUUAUGUCAAAACUGCAACGACACUUUAUGUAAUAAUUCAAAGUAGAUCAAUCAAAAAAGGAAGAAUUAUCAAAUAUUACUUACGUGUAAGUUCUCCUCUUAAAACAAAACACUUUUCAGUGCUCACUUUAUGAGUACCCCUUAAGAAAAAGAAAAGGAAAAAACUAAACGAAUCUGGCUUUGUCCACUUCUUAUGUCAUGCAAAUUAAAGGAGACUUUUCGUAACAAGUAAAACAAAAUCAAAAUGUGCAUUAACUAACGUUUUGCUGAUGUAAAAAUUUCGCCAAACCUCUAGUUAAUUAGCAAGAGCUC